AUGGAGGAUAAUGUAUUAAUGUCAAACGCAACAGAGGCGAAAAAAACAAGAAGCAGCCGAGGUCGUCAACGAAUUGAAAUCAAGAAACUGGAAGACGAAAGCAAACGUCAAGUCACUUUCUCCAAACGUAGAAGAGGGUUGUUCAAUAAAGCUAAAGAGCUUUUCACAUUGUGCGGGGUAGAAGUUGGUAUCCUCGCAUUAUCAAAAUUUGGAAGAGUAUACACCAACGAUAAUGUGGAAGCACCGAUUGAGAACAUGAGUCUGGUGGAACUGCUGGAAUAUGUGAUGGCGCUUAAUGACUUGAGAAAAAACACAGAGGCUAGAGUGGAGGAGCUGAGCAUUCAAAAGUCUACUUAUUUAUGGCAAUAUGUUGCUGAUCAAGAAUUGAACAAGGACCGAGAUUUCUGA